AUGAACGGCGAGAUGGGCUUCCGCGAGGCGCUGGCGGAGCGCGUGCGCCUGCUCAGGGGAAUGCGCAUCGAGGCGCUCGAGGGCGUCAAGGAGCGGGUCAGCUUCACGCCGGGGGCGAGGGACCUCGUGCAGGCGCUGCGCGGGCUCGGGUGCAAGACGGCAGUCGUUAGCGGUGGGUUCCACUUCCUGGCGGACCACGUGCGCGAUGUGCUCGGGCUAGACUACUGCUUUGCGAACAGGCUGGAGGACGAGCAAGGCGUGCUGACCGGGCGUACGGUGGGCGAGGUGGUGGACGGGGAGUUUAAGGAGCGCGCGCUCAAGCGGCUGGCGGCGGAGAUGCGGCUACAGCGCGAGGAGGUGCUGGCCGUGGGCGACGGGUCUAAUGACCUGCUAAUGAUGGGCAGCGCUGGGCUGGGGGUGGCGUUCAACGCGAAGCCCGUGGUGCAGGACCAGGCCAAGGCGCGCCUCAACCAGCCGUCGCUGCGGAAUGUGCUCUACUUGCUCGGUCUCUCCGAGGAGGACAUCCAGCUGCUUGUUCGGUGA